UCACUGGGCUGUAGAGGGAGGCACUCUGCACACAGACAGAUAGCAGGAAGGAGAAGCCAGACGGAGUGAGCGCAGGACCCAGUCGCUCCAGGAGAAGGGAGAGAGUGAGACAGGCUGGGAGAAAAGGAACAGAAAGAGUGUAUAAAACGGAGUAAAGAAAGAAAAAAAACUACCACUAAAACACAUUUUUAAAACUCUAGCAGUUCAAGAAAGGAACAGGCUACGUUUAAAGAACAUAGAGACAAUGAAAAGCUAAGGAAAAUUUUGCAGUCUCUUCCACAGUCUCAUAGGUGCUUGGAAAUGAAAGUAGAACAACGUGUCUUUAACGGACUCUGACAGGGGUAACUGGAUUAGGGACGGGUGCGCCAGUUUCUUUCUUUCUUUUUUUUUUUUUAACAUCUUAAAUCCUGCAAAAAAAAAAAAAAAAAAAAAAAAAGGCAGCAGCUCCGAAUUGAAUGAAUUGAUGGGCACACUCCAACUGCUGGGCUGGAGACUGAACUUGGUCGUGCCAUUUCUGCUUCUUUGAAAGAGGAGACAACUUGGGCUUCCUUUUAAUUUAGUUUUUCUCCUUCUCCCCCCCCCACCCCCAACCUUCCUCCUUACCUCCCCCACCCCCCAUCACCACCCCUCUUUUAAAUAAGAGGGUGAAGGGGAACCAGAGCGCACAAGGGGACUGACUAAGGAGGCAGAGAAGAUGGGUAUCCUCAGCAUAGACUUGCUGAUCACACUGCAAAUUCUGCCAGUUUUUUUCUCCAACUGCCUCUUUCUGGCGCUCUAUGACUCGGUCAUUCUGCUCAAGCACGUGGUUCUGCUGCUGAGCCGCUCCAAGUCCACUCGCGGAGAGUGGAGGCGCAUGCUGACCUCAGAGGGACUGCGCUGCGUCUGGAAGAGCUUCCUGCUCGAUGCCUACAAACAGGUGAAAUUGGGCGAAGAUGCCCCCAAUUCCAGUGUGGUGCGUGUGUCCAGUCCUGAAGGAGGUCACAGUGGCGGAAACAGUGUCCGGGAGAAGACUGCUGAUGGAGUCCAGUGCCACCUUCUUGAUUUUGCCAGUGCCGAGCGCCCACUGGUGGUCAACUUCGGCUCUGCCACUUGACCUCCUUUUACCAGCCAGCUGCCUGCCUUCAGCGAACUGGUGGAAGAGUUCUCAUCAGUGGCUGACUUCCUGUUAGUCUACAUUGACGAGGCUCAUCCUUCAGAUGGCUGGGCGAUACCUGGGGGGUCCUCUUUGUCUUUUGAGGUGAAGAAGCACCGGAACCAGGAAGAUCGAUGUGCAGCAGCUCAUCAGCUUCUGGAGCGUUUCUCCUUGCCGCCCCAGUGCCAAGUUGUGGCUGACCGCAUGGACAACAAUGCCAAUGUAGCUUAUGGGGUAGCGUUUGAACGUGUGUGCAUUGUGCAGAGACAGAAGAUUGCUUAUCUGGGAGGAAAAGGCCCCUUCUGCUACAACCUUCAAGAAGUCCGGCGUUGGCUGGAGAAGAACUUCAGCAAAAGAUGAAAUUUAGAUUAGUUGGUUAAAGGUAUGACUGCAAUAGAGCUAUUUUUUUUUUUAAAGUGUGUAAAGGAAAGAACAUUAAGAAUUGAAUCCACUAUUUCCACUGAGUCCCACUGCUUCACUGCAAGACAGGAAUUUACUUCUCAGAAGAAGAUCAACCUCUAACAUCUCAGUACUUCCUCCAGCGCUUCAAUGGCACUGGGCUAAACAGUAGCCCCAUUGCACUUCUUUUUAGUGAAAAGAUCCAAGGUAGAGAGGAAGAAACCCUGAUUCAGCAUGUACUCAUUCUAACUUGAGAAAUGAGUGAUACUUGCUUUGGGACCAGAAGAAAACAGUUACCUGAAUAAUAACUGUUAGAGAAGCUGCUGUCUAUAAGAUAAAGCACAUUGCCUAGGUUUUAAUCAGUGUGAUAGAACCCAGCUGGAAACUUCUGGACUCUGUCCUCAUAAUGCAUCCUUGAACCCAAGCCAUGUGGCUAGAACUUUGGGGUUUGUUGUGUUCUAGUAGUUCUAGCCAUUCAGUUCUCUGCACCAAUCUACAGAGCCCAGAAUUCACAGGUGCAUUUGUAAAUACCAGGAGUGAUCCCUCCACCUGAAGGUUAGAAUAAUCAUUUGAAAUCUGAGGAUUACUUUCUAGGCAGAUUGGGAAAGUACUAGAAGAAAAAGCAAAUUGACAUGCUAGAAAAGAGGAAGCAGAAAGAUUAGGAAACUUCAUAGAGUUUCACCUUGAAACUAUAGAAAGAGACUAAUUUGCUCACCACAGAAACAUAGGAACAUAUACAAUGUAGAGAAGAAAACGCUUAACUGAAAUUAGCACAAAGAAAAUACAUAUAAAGCAAAGUAUCAUAUACUCCUAGAUUGAGGAAGAAAGGGAGAUUUAAAGGAUAAAAAUACCACACUUACAUAUUUAAACUAGUGAGAUUUUUUAGAAAUAAAUACUUUAUGAAACAUGUAUGUGGUGCAUACAUUUUUAGUGGGUGAAUUAUAUCCCAUUAUAAUUAUUAAAGGAAAAACCAGUGGGUCUGUUGGUGCCAGUCUGUUUUUCCCAAAUUCCUACAGUUAUUUUAUGGGUUCACUCAUUCAAAGUCUCAGUUUUUGUGGCAGUUGUUAUCUCAUGAAUGCUGAGCUGAGGUUGUGGGAGCCAAGAUCCUGGCCAUUCAGCUACUGCCCUGUUUUCCUUCCUACACCCAGUGUAGGUGGACUAUAAUAAAUGAUAGGCAUACACACCACACACACACCACACACCACCCACCACCCACACCACACACACACACACUUUCUUCACUUGCAAAAUAAAAGAGUUAUUUUGUGUUAUUAAAAUAAUUUUGUAGGCUGUAAUAUAAGGCUAUUCUUCAUAUAAGGAAAUUUGGUAAAAUGGAAUUUCUAUUGACAUUCACACUCAGAACUGGGUCUUCCUUUAGUCUCAUUAGCUGAGGUUUAAUAAUCCAAUGCCUCAAUAUGAUGUGAUUAUGAUUAUGUAUGUAUGUACACAUAUAUGUUUCUCUUUAAAAUAAAAGCAAUAUAGUUUUACAAAUAAAUAAUACCUGAACAUUGUAACCCUCAAAGGAAUAGGGCAACCCAUACCUAUCAGAAUUUUUAAAAAUUUGAGCAUACUAUCAGAUCACAGUAUAUGGAUAUACUUAAAACUAAAAUGAUAAAAUCAAAAGUUCUUAUAGCCAUUACAUUAAUAAGUAAAACAUAAAACUAAUCAUAAAAAGAUUAUCUCAAGGUGAGAACAAAUUAGUUGGCUCACAUGAGAAAAUAGUUAGAACUCAGUGUGCAAGAAUUAAAAGUAUUUUUUUAUGGAGCAACAAAUCAGUGAUAUCACUAGCUGGUAUAUUGUUUAGACAUUAAAGCUCCCUUGUGACUAAUUUUUUUACAGCAAUGCUCAAGCCUUCCAAUGAUCUAAGUUCUAUUUAGGAAAAACACCCACAAAACAACAAAGCCAGUUUCAAAAGUGUGAUGUUAUCUAAUAAAUUGCUAUCACAUCAUACUGAGAAUAGAUUAUUUCUAAUUUCUCAGCUGUUAAACACUAUAGUCGAGGCUUAUCCGUGGCCUCCUUUGAUUUUUAUCUUCAAAAUGGUGUUGAGACGUGUGUGGUACCCUAGAGAAGCAAAAUGAAAAAUCAGCUAUAGCCUGCCCACAUCGUUGUCCUUGAAGCUCCCUUAUAUUCUACGUGUGUGAUAGUGGAACAGGACGUCAGAGCAGCUGGUGGGGGGAUGAGAUUUGGCAAAUGCAAUGCUAGUUGUCUGGGGAAAAGUGUGAUGGGAACAUCACCCAGUUGUGCUGUAAUUUAAAAGAAGCUGUAGGUUGUGUGUGUGUGCACACACAAGCCGUUCCCCUGGAGGGUAGUCCAGUGGAGGCAUGAGGUGGAGGAAGUAGACAUUAAAGACAGGCUGACUGUCAGCGGGAAAGACGUGUUCAGUAGAACCUGGAAGAAGUUCUGGAAGAAGAGUUGUGGAAGUGAAUAAGGAGAAAACAGAUUGAAAAAGCUCAGGAAUUCUACAAAAUGUAGAUCGGAUUGGUCUUAUCAGGAUUACGAUAAGCCUGUAAUAAUGUAACCUGUCUGUCUAAGCAUAAACAUGUAUGGUUUCCUAUGAUAAACUUUUAAAAAAUUAACAAGAGCUCAUUAUUUGAGAUAGAAGAAAAUCAAUGCUUAGCUGAUACGCUCAGAGAAAUUAUUACAUUUUCAAUACGCCUCAACUAUCAUGUCUUUUAGAAGAUAUGUUCCCUUGAAGAAUUAUAGUUUUAAUUCUCACAAGGGAAAAGCAUAUAUAAAACUCUGAGUUCAUUUUCUUAGCACCUAAACAUUUCCUGCUCUAGGCUGUGUUCAUAGGAAACUAUCUGUUUAGCCUUCUAAGCUGAGAUUGCUUGUCUAGUAUUGAACUAGUUUCUGAGAAAUUUCAGAUAUUAUCAUAGUAGCUGGAUUUACUCAAACAUUUAGUGUUUGAAAGAUGUCGUGGAACUAUUGAAAAAUUAUUUUAUUUUAUUGCUUACAGAAAGUAUUAGUGGGAUUUAUCAUGACUUUCUUGAAUGGGCAUGAGUGAAAUUCAUGAACAGUAAUGUAGAAGCGUUUCACACAGCUAUUAAAAUGUAACAGACCCGCAGAGAGGCAAAUUAGUCAUUGUUUUGCAUAGCUGAAGUGGCAGCCGUUCCCCAUGAUUUUCUUCAUUCACAUUCUGGAUCUCUGGGCCUGUAUCUUCACCUCAUUUAUAAAAUGAUUUACUGAUUUUUGGUAAUAUCAACUUCUGAGUGGUGUUUUGAUUUAGUUAAAAUCUUCCCUCAUUAACCAAGAAAUGUUUAGUAUCUGAUUAAGGAGGGAAGAAAAGCCUAUGCAGUCUUUCAUUUUGUCAGAAUAUACUUCACGAUCUGGGUUCUUGAAUAAAAGUUAUGGAAUAUGGUGAGGUCAUGAGUGGAGGCUUCUUUGCACAGUAUCCCAGAGGGACUGGUAAAGACAGUAUUUAUGACUUUGGAAAAACUCUUAUAUGGGUACAAAGUGCCUGUGGCAGGGCUGGUAAACUAUGUUCACAGCAAGAGAAAUUUACUAAUUUUAAAGAGCUUCCCAUUCUAUGAAUCAUAAGAGGAUGAACCUGGAAAUGUAUUCCACCUGACUUCUGACUGAUGGUUUGGAAAGUAAAUUUAAUUAGCAUCCUUUGGCAAUUGUAAAGCUUAAUAUGUAGACACUGACUUUUGUCUAUUGAAGGAUUAAUGAAAACCUUUACUAGCAUUUAGAGCUUUUCAGAACAUGCCUUAUGUCAUGUCUCUGAGUAGGGAAGAUUGACAGGGAUGAUUCUUAAUUUCAAGAGCCUUUAAAAUAGGAUAUUACCAAAAAUUAGAACUAAAAUAUAAUUACAGCCUAAUGUUGCCUCUUUUGCCUUAAAAAUAGAAAUGAAACCCACUUUCAUUCACACUUCCGGAAGAAAACAUAAGUACCAAUAGCUGCUUGGCUAUGGGGCCCUCUUGGUCUUAUUUGGGACCUUUUAUGAAUGGAAGGGAGUGAGGCUGGGUGAUCUAGGGAGUUGCUGAGAGGAAAAACUAGCCCUGGAGGGCUUGGUCUACUGAUUUAGAAAGAUUUGAACAGAAACUUCUUAUGGUUGGAAGAAGACUGCUGAGUGUCACUGAGUGACUUGAGGAUGAGCAAAAAAAUUGGGCCACUUCCUCAUGCCCUGUGUUCCAGAUAGCAUGCGAAACAAGGUCUCAGACUGACAGAACCAUCUCUGUUCUCAGGUGAGUCUGACCCAACAGAGAGCAAACACGUACAGAUAUCCAAACAAGACUUCUCAUGCAAGUCAGGGCUGGCUGCCUGUCUUGGGCAGCAGCACCAGAGCUCCAGGGAGUUUAUUUAAUAUUUACUGAAACUUUGGAGACCCAGCAGAUGUUUAAUGAAGUCAUUAUUUUGGCUCAAACUAUCCUCCCUCUGUCUACCUUGAAAAAAAAAAGCAAACAGGUAAACACAUAAAUGAAAGAAGCCCACAGAAAGGGGAGGGGAAAUUAAAAAAUUCUUUUAAGACUUCUUCAGACUAUGUCACUCACUGGUCAGUGUGGUUUUUAUGUGUGCUGCGAUCAGGGGAAUGUGAAGACAUAAGUAUCCAGUACUUCAUAACCAAAGCAAUUAAAAGAUAUUGGACAGGGAAUGCUGGCCAGUUUUGUUUAGUUUUGCAUCACAUUAUCACGGACUCACUAGCCCAGGUAAUCGGCGCCCGAAGAGGGAGACUGAGAUGUGCAGAGUUUACCAGUGUGCGAAUGAUAACUGCUAACGAAAGAGUCAUCGACUCAGUUAGUGGUUGGAUGUAGCCACAUUAGUCUGCCUCUCCCCAUCUCUGUCUCCCUAGCAAGGAGAAUAUUCGGGACUUACUGCUGGGUACUGGGUAAAUGUGGUGAGAAUGUAUGUGUGUAUAUCUCUGCUUUACAGUUGCAGAAAAAUGAAAUGCUUUGGAGAUUAUUGGUAAAAAGAGUGUUAUUAUAUUGGUGCUGAGUGGUAUGUGUGCCUUUACAAUUUGUUCUUGUAUUUUAAUAAACUUGGAAUAAAAGAAUAGAGUUA